AUGUUGAAGUCAAUUACCUACGUAUCCUCCCUCUGCCUCUUGCUGUCCAUUGCACAGCCCAUCCAUGCCUUGGACGGAGGCACGGAGGCUCCUGCCAAUGCUGCCCCCUAUGUAGCAGCACUUUUGUCGUCCGACGACGCUUUCAACAAAUGUGCCGGCGUUCUCGUCACCCCCAAAACCAUUUUGACGACCGCAUCCUGCGUCCAAAACCAAACCAGCUCCUCCUUGAAAGCCCGGGUUGGUAGCAGCGACCGCACUACCGGUGGAACCGUCGUGAACUUCAACAAGAUCAUCCAGCAUCCCAAGUACAACACCAAGACUUGGGAUUUCGAUAUAGCGCUUCUGAGCUUGAGCGAGGCCGCGCCCGACAACGUGCCGCUCGCGACGAUCGGAAACUUCUCCGCUGCUAUUGGCUCCGGUACGACGAUGUACGGUUGGGGUUUGACCAACUACACCCAUACGGAGUUCCCUAAGAAGUUGCAGAAGUUGGACGCAGUCGGAAUCACUGACACCUGGUGCGCCGAGGAGUGGAAAGGCCUUCACUCCAUCUCCAAUCGCAUGGUUUGUGAUUGGCCGCCGGUGGAGAAGGCUACCUGGGAGGGCGACAAGGGGGGACCAGUCGUCAACACUCUCGAUGGAAGUGUUGUGGGGCUCAUCAGCUUCAGUAUUUAUGAGACUGAGAGGAAGAAGGCCCUUCCAGAUGUCCAUACCAAUCUGGAGUACUUCAACAGCUGGAUUAAAGCUCAUGCUGCCUAG